AUGUCCAAAGAGACCAACUUCCAGUUUGAGGAUGGAAGUGCCCCCAUCGCUAACAACUUCUCUCAAUAUGAAAACUUUGCCUCUUAUAAUGUCUCAUCCCUUACGGGCCCCGAGGAAUAUGACGUUCUUGUCGAUUUUAAUGAAGCAGCGUCAGCUUCUCUAACUCCUUUUGGGAUAGGCGAUAAUAAUAUGUUCUUCCCGGAGCUCAACGUCGAUCAAAUCGUCCCCGUUGCCCUCAACAGCGACUCAGGACCACCAGGAAGGACUGACACUCCAACACAUUCUUUGAGUCGUUUAUCCACCUUAUCUGACAUUGCUGAAACCAAUACAACUACCACGACAACGACGGCACUCAAAAAUGCUCCAGUGCUAGUACCCCAUAGCGACACUCAUUCAACGAACAUCACCACUCCCAGCUCUGGUCCGCCCAGUUCUUCUCAGUCAAGGCCAAACUCGAGACGCUCCAGAGCAUCAGGAGAAAGGCUGGCUCUACUGAUGGCUGAAUUCAAACGCAACUCAAGCCCAACUAGUGCUAUACGCAAGGAACUUGCUUUUAAAACUGGGAUGAGUGAACGUUCAGUCCGUAUUUGGUUUCAGAAUAAAAGAGCUAAAACCCGCAAGAUGGAGAAGUUGCAAAAAAGUGAAACUACUGGCAGUGGAUCUUCCAGUGAAUCAAAGCUCUCAGGAAUCACACAACAACAAUCCAUUCCUGAUGGGUUCUCACAAGACCAAGCUGGGAGCCAAAUAGCUAACAUUGAUGAUACGCAAGUCACCCCUACUUCCUUAGCGGGUCCUUCUCACGACAUAUCUCCAGUUUUACCUGUCAGUAUCAAUGACAGCUAUGCUUUGAUUGACUGUAAGUCAAUUCUUAUUGGUAAAUGGCAACGACACAAGAUGGGUGUGCCUAAUACUACCCUUCUUGAACGAAUGACCAACUUGUCGCCCCACUUUUUAAUCGGCUUCAUGAGACACGUUGAUUUAGUGCUGGUGCUCUCUAAAAAGAAUCACGAGUUAAAUUAUUUUUUCUCCGGAUAUUUCAACAAAAACAGGAUCCUUUUCAGGAUUUUCUUCCCCCUAUCAUCAAUAUCAUCCUGCUCCCUAGUUGUUAGUCAGACAGACAUGACUGACCCGAGUUCACAACCAUCUCCUCAGGAGAAGACGGAUUUACGGCUAGAACUAAGUGCUUCUCCAAAGUUUGCUGUUUUCUUCUACUAUGACCCAUUAACAGGCGCUGAGAAUUCGAAUGUUUGGUCUAUUUGCGAAGAUUUCAGCGAGGGACAAAACGUCCAGAGUGCCCAUAUGGGGGUUGACGGUGACCAAACUCCGCAUAUAUUAGUUGGAAGUCUUCCAAGCCUGCAUUACCUAAACAACUACAUCAUGAACUAUAAUCAGGGCAGUGUGCAGUCUACUCCAAAUGAAAUAUUCAACAGUCAAGUGGAUCUUAAUAUAAGGCAAGAGCCGGACUCAAAUUAUCAUUUGUUCUCUCCUGCUUCUCAACAAAGCCAGGCCGCAAUAAGUAACGGCUUGCACCAGCCAGUAACUGGUUCCCGUCAACCUCCUCAUUCCCAACAACAGCAACAACAUCAACAACUGCAGCAGCAUGUACAACAACAGCAACAACAACAACAACAGCAACAGCACCACCAGCAACUACAACAGCAACAACAGCAGCAACAACUUCAGCAACAGCAGCAUUCACAGAAACAACAUGAACAAAAAGGACGACCACAGCAACUAUCACAAGAUCCACAAAUACAACGUUCGCAACUAUCAACGCAAUCAUUGCCAGGUAGUACCUUCAACCUAAAAGAUGAUUCAGAAGACUUCUUUGGUUUAACUAACAAUACCAGCGUUCCCGAUGAUGACCAAUUCCUGGUUAGUAAGGACGAUUUAGCGGAACUCUCAAAAUCCGUAAACUUGACUGAGGUCCCAAAUGAUUUGGUGACUUCAGACCUUUUUGAGAUGCAUAACGCCUUUAACGACCAAACAGACGACGCAUCAAUCUUUCUUAACUGA